GCAGCACAAGAUGCACUGAAUGUCCAGCUUCAGCCUAUAACGCCCAGAUCAAGCGUGAGUCUCCAGAGCCUCAGUUCCUACGAGAAAGAGAUUUUGAGACUAGGACCAAGUGGUCUGUUCCAAAGCAGUAAUUUUCUGAAGAAGUGGAGUUACAGGAGGGGAUAUCUGGAAGAUUCCCAGUGGAUGUUUCCAAAGGAGCCAAGAUUGGAGAAGCCUAUGAAUGUGAAAGCCCUUUAGACAAGCAGCAGGGAAACAAAAUGGAGAAAGACAGAUCCCUUUCCCAGGAUGGAAAUUUUAUGGUAGUGACCAUCCCUGAAAAAGUUGCCGUAGAAGAGAGUAGCCAUAAGUAUGAGUGUCUGAGUAGUUGUUAUUUGAACUCAGAUCCAGUUAUACAUAGAGUACGGAAACCCCAUAUAUCUGCUAGAAAUCACCAAAACUCCAGACAGAAUUCAUUUUCAGAUGUGCAUCAAAACAAUCAAAUUGUCAGGAAACCUUAUGAGUGUAACAAAUGUGAGAAAACUUUUAAACAGAACUCAGAUCUUAGAAAGCAUCAGAGAAUUCAUAUGGGAGUGAAACCCCACAAAUGUACUCAGUGUGGGAAAGCAUUCAGUCAAGGCUCUGAUCUUAAGAAGCAUCAAAGGAUUCAUACAGGAGAGAAGCCCUAUACUUGUGGUGAAUGUGGGAAAGCCUUCAAGGGGAGCUCAGACCUUAUUCAGCAUCAAAGGAUUCACGCUGGAAAUAAACCCUAUGAAUGUAGUGAAUGUGGGGAAGCUUUUCGUAGGAGCUCACACCUUGUUCAACAUCGAAGAAUUCAUACUGGAGAAAAACCCUAUCACUGUAGGGAAUGUGAGAAAGCCUUCAGCCAGAACUCUUCACUUAUUCAACAUCAGCGAAUUCAUACUGGAGAGAAACCUUAUGUGUGUAAUGAAUGCGGGAGAGCCUUCAAUCAACGCUCAGCUCUUACUCAACAUCAGAGAAUUCAUACUGGAGAGAAGCCCUAUGAAUGUAAAGAAUGUGGGAAAGUCUUCAGGCAUAGGUCUGGCCUUAUGACACAUCAGAGAGUACACACCAGAGUUUAACCGUGUGGAGAAUUUCAAUGUGAGGAAUCUUCAGACAACUUUGCUGUUACUUAAUCUCACAAAAUUCAGCCGGGGAUCAAAAUCCCAUAAAGUAAUUGUGAGGUCCUCAAGGGCAGAGCCUGUAUUUGUAUUACUGUGUAUGGCUGUCAACUGAGUUCCUGGUGCCUAUGAAACCUUUCUUAAGGUUUCUUUUGUGAUUGACUAAUCUAUGUUUCUUUUUAUUUGUUACUUAAAGUAUUUACUGUUACUGUUGUCAAUUGUUAUCUUGUAAGGGGAAGAGUACAUGCUUUUGCCUCUUUAGAAAGGAUGGAAUUCAUAUCCCAGGAAAAUAAAGAUCGUACUUCAAGGGAUCAGUGAA